AUGGACGCAGCUGCACUUCUGUGUAACAUCUGCCCCAAGCGACCCAGAUUCAGUGAUGUAUCCCAUCUUUUAACCCAUGUCUCAUCCAAGGCCCAUUUGUCCCAUUACUUCAAGCUCCAGGUCCGCAGCCAUCAGGAGCCCCAGGCUGGUCAACUUCUCGAAGAAUAUGACAGAUGGUACAAGGUUAACAAUCUGGCCAAGUUACUCUCUGAUCGAAUGGCAUCUAAGGAAACUCGCCAUAAAAGACGUCAGGUGAGAGCUGUUGCCCAAGGUGCAUCGUUUCCUGCCCCCAAGGAAAAUGCCGAACCUAGAGCGACACCGAGGGUAUGCACCUCGACACGCAAGUCUUUCUCGGACUUCCUCGAUCCGCAUCUUUCGGACCUCAAGAUUGACCCGAUAGCAAGGGAUGCAGACUCUCCAUCCUUCCCAACUGACUACACCAUCCCAACUAGAAAGGACGAAAAGAAGAUUCACCUUCGACUCAAUGGCACAUCGGCACUAGGGAGGUCUCCGGAAAUGCCUGCACCUGGCCAGUUGAAAAGGGAUUACGACUCGGAUUCGGAAGACGAAAUCGGCUCAAUACUGCGUGCUACGCCCCAUUGGUCUGGCGGGCAUGGAUCAGAAGCCAAGGAUGAAAUAGAUCCCCGGCUAUUACAAAGGGGGUUUGGUUCUGAUCCAUUUAUUGAUGAGGGUGGCAAUCUCGACAGCACCCCUACUAUGCAGGGUACCGAUAGGGAAAGGGCAGAUGAAAUAGCGAGGUUGAAGGGAGUUCUAUGGCCUGGAAUGGAUAUAUUCGACUCUGCCACGGAACAGAUGAGGCGCAAACGGAACCAGAAAAAGGAUGAGAGUGUCUUGAAAAUGAUGGAAAAGACUUCCUUAGGUGUGGAGCCCACGGAACUUGUCUUCUCUCCCUCAGGGAUCUUACGAAAGCAGAGGGUGAUCAAUGGUGAUGUCGAGGACAGCAGUCCUUUGAAGGGGGAAACGCCGAUCCCGAAACGGCGUGCAGUCCGUCCCAAACGUUUGCUUUUCACGGAACGCGACCCGAACAUCGUUUCUCAGCGUGGCCAGGAUGUAAAGAGGAUAAAAAGAGUCGCCAGUGUCGGUCCCAGCAGGCAUUCUGUGCGGGAUGCCGCCAACCAAAUUCCCGUUUCUCGUGGUGUUGUUAGUGGCAAUCAGCCUCUUAGAAAUGGCGAUGACGAGUUCGAUUUGUCUCUCAGAGGAUUUGGUGAACGGACUCGCGGCGGAUUUGCUGUUUUCAACGACAAGAAUCAAGGCAAGUCGAGCUCUAAGGACCAGCGCCAUGGAGACGGACCAUAUUUGGGCUCAUCAAUGCCCCGACAAGAGACUCUGGGUACCGGCCCUUUUCAGCCUCCUGCUUCUAGUAACUAUGCUGCAGGCUUCAUCGGGAGAGCUGCUUGUCAUCCAAUGGGCAAAGAGAACCUCGAGCCGAUCCUGAACAUCCAAGGCAGAAUUGACACCAUCGACAACUGGCGCUCACCAUUUAUAAAGCGCAAUAAUUAUAUCGGCGACACAGGUUACCCACCACAUUACUUCUUCAGUGACGCCCCACGCCCCACGUUCGGCCCUCUUGAUGGCCACGACCUCUCUGGGUAUUCAUGGAAUCCCUUGGCCAUCUCCCUGCCACGGCUACCCGCCCAGGAGAAAGAAAAUCAUAAUAUAUACAAAGACAUCAGUCCAACCUUUGACUGCCAAUCUGCAACGCGUGCCGCCUCUCCUGACGGGACAAUAUCUGACACGGAGCAGGACGACUUUGAGCGCCUCUAUUUGGACGGAAGUUCAUAUUAGACGCUGCUUGCGAUGGUUUGAUUGUCCGCCUUGAACAACAGUCUCUUUCAGGUUUGUCCUCGAUGCCUCAGAGAGCUUGAACUUAACAACAUUUUUUGCCAUCAAUUGUGGCUUGAAAGCACUAGACACAAUAGCAUCGCUGUUGUUUAAUUCUUACUAUAAAUCGACCUCAAGCUUCCGCUUGUAUGUCAGCUACUAUAUUACCA